CGAUAGCGAUGGGAAACUUAAAAAAAGUCCCCUUCAUACAAGAGAUAACGAUUGAUUUGAAACCAUUGUACUACCAGUGUCAGUUUAAGUCUUGCCUCUGAAGUGAAAUAAAAUGAAAAUAAUUCUAGCGUGCUUUCUUAUAUUUUUACUGCAAUUUUCAAAUUGCGUAGAUUUUCAAAAGAACAACUAUGAUUUAACCGACAACGAGGAUCAUGUAUUUGUGGUGAAAUUAUUAUUUGAAAAACUUACUGAACUAUUAAAUAAAACGACAAAAUUGGAUGAAAGUUUGACUGCGUUAAAUCAAAGGGUAGCUACAAUAGAGGGAAAUCUAAAUUCGCUUACGGGAAGAAUCAAUGGAGGAGAUGGACGUAUUAAUGUCCUGAACUCUAGAUUUCAAGAUUUUGACAAUCGUAUAAACUCUAUUAAUUCGAGACUUGGCUCUUUGGAUGGCCAGUUAAAGGCUAAUAAAAUAGAUUUGAUUCAAAGAAUGGACGGCCUCGAGCGAAGAGCAAUUAUUCCGGAUAGCGGUUUAAAUUAGCGAUUACAAUAAUUGUCUCUUUAUAAAAUGUAAAUAUAAAUACAGAUAUAUAUAUAUA